UCGUCCCGAUAGUAUAACAGUACAACAAAUGUAUAUGGAAGAUGUUAAUACGGAAAUUGGAUUCCAUUUAACAUUAUUGUACAUGUUGGUUGAAGUACAUCGAGGUGAUGAAUCUUUUGGAACGAAAUUAGUUGCGGUCCAAGUUCAUGGAUAA